AUGAUGAACAAGAUCACUGCCGUAUUCUCUGCCCUUGCAGUCAUGGCCGUCGCGAAUCCUACUGUCGGCUAUGCUGGAUACUUCUACACCAAUUGUACCGUGCCUAGCAUCGACGCCGCAAACGCUUAUGCUGGAUCUUGUAUCAACGUGGAGAACUUUCCGCUCAAAUCAUUCACCGCUUAUGUCGAGGCUGGCUCCUGUUCAGACGGUACAUCUGCUGUUCUCAACACCUACACGGCGUCCGGCUGCGAUGAUUCUACUCUUUUUGGGACUUAUAGCGUCAGUGGCGAGAAGCAGUGCUUUGAAGCAGAUGUGACACUGGUCAGUCUGAAGGCAGAGUGUGUCUAA